CGAUCGCGGCAAAUGUAUCUGCAAACAUGGAUAUUUGCAAUAGCACACAUAACUUAUGCCCAAUACGUCGUCGCCAAACGCGGUGUAUGCAACGGCUACAAGUCCGGCAUAGACGAUCUUCAGACAUUCGAGUUUAUCAGCAAGCUGAAAUUGGAUCUGUUGGACGCGCGUUACAGUGGCAUGACGAAGGUCCGAGGCAGUAAUCGCAUGCAGACGGCAUACCGGCUGGAGAAAGGCACUGAUGUCACCCUCCCGACGAAAGACAUCAUACCCAGCGGGCUUCCAGAAGAAUUCUCGUUGGUGUACACGCUGAGAGCUAGGAAAUCACCGAAGUAUCCUUGGCAUGUCAUUAAGAUUGCGAACGUGAACGGUGACGCUCAGUUUCUCAUCACAAUGAAUUCCAGGAAGCGAACACUGGAUUUUUCAUCGAUCGACCAUAAGGGAGAAUUACAGACGAUCUCUUUUGUGAAUGAUCGCGUGUUCGACAGGGGUUGGCACAAGGUAAACUUCGGGGUGUUCAAGGAUAAAUUAGUCCUUAACGUCGACUGUGAAUUCGUUGGUGUGGAAGAUUUAAAACCACGCGGUUCGAUUAAAGUCGACGGAGAUCUGUCGAUAGCUAAAAUAAACAAUAGUAAAAUUACUGUGCCGAUUGACUUGCAAUGGAUGGUUUUAACUUGUGAUCCAACGAGAGACGAGAGAGAAACGUGUAAAGAGCUAUCGAAAACCGUAGAAGCCGCUCUGUUUCAAAUUAAACCCACCUGCAAUACAAUCUGUCCGCAAGGACCACCUGGAUUUAAUGGUUCCAAUGGAUUUCCCGGUCCACCUGGACCACCCGGAGCACCGGGGCCAAUUGGUAUGUUAGGUUCAACUGGAUUUCCAGGGCAACCGGGGCCGCCGGGUGAACAAGGAAGGACAGGAGCUCCAGGUAACAUUGGUGCUAGAGGUUUUCCAGGAUUUCAAGGUUCUAAAGGAUCGAUAGGACCCGCAGGACCACCGGGCUUACCAGGAUCACCAGGCCGAAAGGGUGAAAGAGGCGAUAUGGGAUUUCCGGGUCUGAAAGGAGAUCAGGGUUCUCGAGGGUUUCCAGGUCCGCUAGGGAAUGCGAGUGAUUUUUUGCAUAGAUUUCCAGAAUAUAAGGGAGAAAAAGGAGCCAAAGGUGAACAAGGAGACAAUGGCAUUCAAGGACAGCCGGGUGAAAAAGGUGAACCUGGAGACAGAGGACAUCCGGGAUUAGAUGGAUCCCGCGGUCGGGACGGUGCAUCAGGUCUUCCUGGUCUUCCGGGACCUCCUGGUCUUCCGGGACCUCCUGGACCAAAAGGCAACACUAUAUAUACGAACACGUCUAGUAUUCUAGGACAAAAUCCUCGUGGUAUAAUAGGACCGCCAGGACCAUCAGGCCCACCAGGACUGCCAGGAUUGCCAGGACCGCCUGGUCAAAUAGGUCCAAAGGGCAAUAUCGGGGAACGUGGUCGAGAAGGCACAUCAGGAUUGACGGAUAAUAACGUCAUAUCAGGAUUACCUGGUCCCGAGGGACCUAUUGGGCCUCCUGGUGAUGAUGGUCUCCCAGGUGAAAAAGGAGAAAUUGGACCAAUGGGUCCUUCAGGACCAUUUGGAAAUCCAGGAAAAGAUGGAUAUCCAGGAUUACCAGGACCACAGGGACUUCCAGGGCCACAUGGAGAACCGGGGUCUCCAGGACCUCGAGGUUUAGAUGGGCUCGCAGGAAAACCAGGGCCAUCAGGAUUCAAUGGGAAACCAGGUCAAAAGGGUAACAAAGGACAAAAAGGUGAACAAGGUCUUGCCGGACCUCGUGGGUUACCAGGGAAUUCGGGCUCAAUGGGUUUACCAGGCGCACCAGGUGUACCAGGCUUAGAAGGAAAAUCCGGCCUACCUGGCCCUUCGGGACCAAUAGGACCAUCAGGACCUCCAGGUCCUCCUGGUCUUCCAGCUGCGAACAGCAGUUUUGAUAAUAUUGGUAGUCCUGGUCUCGAGGGACCUAGAGGUCCACCAGGUCCUCCAGGCAUACCAGGUGAAAGGGGAACUCCUGGAGAACGAGGAUCAGAAGAAAAGAUGACCGAAAUGGCAGCGUUAAUACAAGGCCUACCUGGCCCGCCCGGUCGAGGCCGUCCGGGCCGUCCUGGAUCUCCUGGACCUCAAGGUCGCCCAGAGAGACUGAAAGAACUAACAGAGGGUCUACGAGGGCUACCCGGAUUACCGGGACCGGCUCGACACGGCCGUCCCGGUCGAGCCGGAAAGCGGGGCAUUCCAGGCGAUCCAGGUCCGCCAGGUUUGCCGGGAGAUCGUGGAUUCGUCGGUUUACCUGGUUCGCAGGGUCCUAUCGGUCCACAGGGGCUACCUGGCGAACGUGGAGAAAAGGGGGAUAAAGGUUCUGAGGGAAUCGGCUUAGAAGGACCGCCUGGUCUAACAGGUUUACCAGGGCCUUCUGGCAAUGACGGCGUCGGUUUACCCGGAAGACAGGGAGACAGAGGUGAACCAGGUAGACCAGGUAUUCCUGGCGCGAGAGGAUCACCAGGAGCGCAAGGACCACCCGGAUAUUGCGAAUUCUGUAAUUAUCCAAGCAGCAAUUACUUGCACAAUCGUGGCAACGAGAAAGGUCCUUAA